AUGUUCAGCAUCAGCACAGCAACUGCUGGCGUCGACAACACAACAAUGCUCACCGACAAGAACAUCGUCGCCGUGUCCUCACUGGCCUCAAUCCUGGCCAUCGGUGCCUGCCUCGUCGUGAUUCCAUCGCUCUACAAUGAGAUCAACGACGUCCACAAUAUGGUACUUGAUUCGGUGGCCGUGUUUCGUGUCGAGACCGACUCGGCCUGGGUCGAGAUGAUGGACGUUCAAAUAACGGUGACACCGCCGUCAAAACCUCGUCAGAAUCCGUUCAACUCGAUCUUCCGUCAGAAGAGACAAGCUCUACCACCGUGGUGUGUCUGCGAGCCACCCAGGAUCACAUGUCCACCUGGACCACCUGGUCCACCUGGCCAGCCUGGACAGCCUGGUAACCCUGGUCCUCCCUGUCAGCCCGGAAGAGAUGACAUGACUGUCUACGCUCCCAUUCACUGCCCAGCUCCUGAUCGUUCUUGCAUCAGAUGUCCGCCGGGACCUCAAGGACCGCCCGGACCCGAUGGACCUCCAGGACAUCCAGGAAUGGACGGCAGACCAGGAAACCCUGGCCCUCGCGGAGAGAAUGGCAAACCGGGACCACAAGGUCCCCCAGGAGACGGAGGAACUCCAGGACAUCCUGGAAUGGAUGGGCGACCUGGACAACCCGGUCAGGACGGACGCAAAGGCGUUGGACGGCAAGGAAUGCCUGGAAUGCCUGGAGCACGUGGAGAACCCGGCAAAGCGGGAGCUCGUGGAAACGAUGGUGCACCGGGUACACCUGGACACCAGGGACCACCUGGACUUGCGGGAACUCCCGGAAACAAGGGCAUGGAUGGCCAACCGGGAACCGCCGGAAUGCCUGGACGUCCGGGAAGAGACUCCACCUACUGUCCUUGUCCUCGCCGCAGUAUGGCGCUCACGAAGAAGAAAAAACUCUGA